AAGAGGGCCAGGGAUAAGAGAAACCUCAGAUCGGAGUAGCAUGUCCUACCUACAGCCGCCGCCGGCACAGCACACCAAGCUGCUGGACAAAAUCAGCCGAGCUUUGACCGAUGAGGAUGUUCCCAGGUUCAAGAAUAGGUGUCUAGCCGAGGGGAUACGCCCAGGCGAACUGGAGAGAAAAAGUGUGCUGGAAUUGCUCCAGCUAUUGGAUCGACGCAGGGUGAUUGCUCCAGGAAAGUACGACCACCUUGUACUGCUACUGACUGAUAUCGACAGGGGUGAUUUGGUCCAGGAUUUUUUCACUCCGGAAGGUGAACAGGAAACCUGCGUUGUAUCAGCACCAGCGCCUUGCAACAGAGGCACCGAUGAUCACCAUCAUCCUCAGCAUCGUCCACCAUCAGCCAGCAUGAACAGUGUCAUCUCAGACAAGGGCCUCUCCUGGCUAGCCUCCAAGAUGGGCUCAGACUGGGAGCAGGUCGGCAUGCAGUGCUUUGGGAUGUCUAAGAACGAUAUCUUCCAGUGCAAAGCGGACAACCCCCAUUCGGUACAGAAUCAGAUCUUCAGCAUGCUGCACAAGUGGAAAUGCCGUAGUGGGUAUAAGGCAACCUACGCCCAGCUGCUUAACAUGUUGGCUGAAUUCCCUGACUUUGACAAGACAAUUUUGGAGGAAAUGCAUGAAAAAAUACCUUCAUUUUGAAUUCUGCAUUUGGCAGAUCCCUGGCAAAUCAUCUGGAGGAGAAAUGGUCUACAUUUUAUGUACAUGUGGAAUUGACGGCCGACCCCCUUUGGCUGGGUGAAAUUUUGGUUUAUGCAAGCCGCACUGAAUUUGAAGAAGAAAAGGAAAGAUUCAAAUUGCUUGAAACUGUGACCAGUCAUCCACCUUGUCGUCCUGAAAACUUAAAUCAGUGAUGAGUCUUCCAAGGAAGAUAAUGUUGAAAGUAUAGUUAGUGAAUCAUGAAUGAUAGUAACUGUUUUUGCAUUUGUGAUACUGUUGUCGCUCAUACACAUAAAUCAUGGUGUUCUUUUCACAUUCAAGACGUUUGCUAUUGCUAUUGUUACAAGAUAUCUCCAGUCAUCCACAUCUACAUGUAUUGUGUCCAUUCAUGAGUGCCAUCAGUAGUGUAACGCUAGGGGUUAGGGUUCAGGAUUCAACCCCCCCCCCGCGCAAAAAUUAUUAAAGAAAAAGAAAGUAAAGGAGCCAAUGUAUUAUUUGUGAGUUUAAUGUUGCCAAUGUGUUUGAGAGAAAUGCUGCAAAUGGUCUUAAAAUGUAGCCUUGUAGAUUGAUAGGUGUAUUUCAACAGCACUGUACAAAAUAAGGCACUUCAUAGCAUGUGUGCAAAGCUGACCCAAUCAGUGCAUCGAUUUACACACACUGACACACAGGUUUGAGCUGGUGUGACAUCAGGUGCUUUGUUGAUCUUGUUUUUUUGGAAAUUCCACACUGGCUCAUUUCCCCUAACCCCACCCCAGGAGGCUUAACCCGAACUUAUAUGAAUUGUCAAACCCCUACCCCUAGGAGCAAUAUUUGAAAUUGUCCAUUGCCAAGUGAACUUGGACUUGUGAAAUGAGACCAAAUCUGAACAUCAGACCUUGGACACUAGGUAAAGGAUGGAUUGGUAAAACAUAUUUUCUCGUCCAAUUAAAACAAUUCUCGAUAAUUACCGCCAACCCCAGGGAAACCAUUUUUCACCUCUCUACUGAUACAUGUUGUUAGGCCAAACUAAAAGUAGUUGUGUUCUUGUUAACCUCCCCCCACCCUAGACAGUCACGUAGAACUAUAUCUUUUUAUUCGAUAUAUUAGUAAGAAAUAAAAGCAUGGAAUGCCGACCGAAAGCAGAACUGUGCGUAAAUCAUC